AUGCCAGACCUUUCGUCCAAUUAUACAGCUCCAAAAUGGUGGAAAGACGCAAUUGUUUACCAGGUCUAUCCCGCCAGUUUCAAGAGCAGCAAACCCGAGUCUCAUGCGGAUGGAUGGGGUGAUGUGCGUGGAAUCACUGAGAAAGUGCCUUAUUUGAAAAGUCUUGGUGUCGAUGUUGUUUGGACAAGUCCUAUAUACAAGUCGCCGCAAGUUGAUAUGGGCUAUGACAUAUCUGAUUACAAGUCAAUCGAGCCUCGCUACGGGAGUUUGGCUGAUGUCGACUCGCUGAUCAAAGUUCUCAAUGAUCACGAUAUGAAGCUCAUGAUGGAUCUUGUUGUCACUCAUACCUCGGAUCAGCAUGAGUGGUUCAUUGAAUCUAGUCAAUCCAAGGAUUCUCUGAAGCAUGAUUGGUAUAUUUGGAAGCCAGCACGUGAUUACAGCUCUGCUGGGAGACCUUUACCACCUAACAACUGGGCACAGAUUUUAAAUGACAGCCAGAGUGCUUGGACCUGGAGUGAAGAUAGACAAGAGUUCUAUUUGACCCUGCAUACUUCAGAGCAAGUGGAUUUGAAUUGGGAAAAUCCCGAUGUUGUCGCCGCCGUUCAUGAUGUUAUGCAUUUCUGGCUAUCCAGGGGCGUCUCCGGAUUUCGUAUGGACGUCAUCAACUUGAUUUCCAAGGAUCCUGCCUUCCCGGACGCGCCAGUCAUGGAACCGGAUUGCGAGUUUCAACCUGGAGAGCGAUUUUAUACGAAUGGUCCGCGAUUCCAUGAAUUUAUGCAUGACAUCUACGAUAAUGUUCUAUCAAAGUAUGAUACUAUCACUGUUGGUGAAGCGCCAUAUGUGGAUGACAUAAGUGAAAUCAUCAAGACAGUUGGAUCCACAGCCAAAGAGCUGAACAUGAUCUUCAUCUUCGACCAUAUGGAAAUCCAGGACGUUAAAACCAAGGGCAAUUCCAAAUGGAGUCUUCGUGACUGGAAAUUGCCAGAGCUCAAAAAGAUUUUCUCCAGCUGGCAAAAGAGGAUGAUCGAAUGGGAUGGAUGGAACACAGUCUUCCUGGAGUGUCACGAUCAGGCCCGGUCUGUUUCACGCUAUGUAGAUGACAGUGAUGGCAUCCGUGAGCGAGGCUCCAAGCUCCUUGCCCUUCUGCAAACGACCCUUGGUGGAACCUUGUAUCUCUUUCAAGGUCAAGAGAUCGGGAUGCGAAACUUUUCCGCCGAGUGGGAUCCAGAUGUUGAUUACAAAGACGUCGAAAGUAUCAGCUUUUGGCAAAAGAGCAAGAGGCUAUAUGGCCAUGACUCGGCAGAGAUGCAAAAGGCGAGAUACCUUCUCCAAAGAAAGGCCAGAGAUCAUGCUCGGACACCGAUGCAGUGGGACAGUAGCCCAAAUGCAGGCUUUACGACCUCUAACAUCUCACCUUGGAUGAGAGUAAAUGAUGACUACCCAACAGUCAACGUGAAGGCACAAAUUAAUUUCGAAGGAGAAGAGUUGUCUGUCUGGCAAUACUGGCAGCUUACUCUACAGAACCGCAAGACCCAUAGCGAUGUCUUUGUGUACGGCGAUUACCAAGAUGUGGAUGUGGAGAAUGAACGGAUUUAUGCAUACUUAAGGACAGGCACCCAAACAAAAGAGAAGUGGUUGGUUGCAAUGAAUUGGACUGGCGAGAAGUCUUCCUGGAAUAUCCCCCCGUCGAUUAAAGUUGAGCAAAUCGUUUCUUCCUCGCUUCAGCGAAAGUUAUCAAUUGAGGAUGGUGCAAUCGUCAAGCUGCAGGCCUGGGAGGGCAUUUUGAUGCGCUGUAAAUAA